CAUACUGAAGCGAUCCAGUCAGUCUCGCCCCUCCGCUCCCAGCAGCAUCAUCGUCGUCCCCGCCGGGUCCGGGUGGCAGAGAGGAGAGGAUGGUCCAGUGGAAAAGCAGCCGGGGACGCCAAUGACAGUGACAAGAUAAUGGCUCUCGAUUUACUCUCGAAGUCCCCGAGUGUACGACGAGUGACCCAGUGAAACGACCGUGGCAGGAAAAACACUGAAUCAUGUUGCUCUAAGUUGUGACCUGUGGUGAACGGGGAGGAGGAGGAAGAGGAGGAGGAAGGAGGCGCAGGCAGGCAGGCAGUCAGGCAGGCAGAGGGGCAUCUGCCACAGCUCCUUUAAGGCGGCCCUUUGCAAGCUUGAAGCCAUGGGCAACACAGCCACCAAGUUCCGCAAGGCCCUGGUGGGUGGUGACGAGGCCCUGGCAUGGCAGCUGUAUGAGGGCAACCCUCAGUUCAGGGAAGGCCUGGACCCGAAUGCAUCGUACGGAGAGCAGUACCAGCACAACACGGCCCUACACUACGUCUGUCGCCACGCCAUGACACGUCUGCUCAGGUCCUUCCUGUUCAGUAAAGAGGGGAACCCCAACAAGCGCAAUGUGCACAACGAGACGUGCCUCCACGUGCUGUGCCAAGGCCCGCAGAUCCUGUUGCUACCAGAGGGAGCACUGUCGCCACGACUGGCCCGACCCCAGAGGGACGAGCAGCGUCGUGCCGACUGUCUGCAGAUGAUCCUGAGCUGGACCGGUGCCAGGCUGGAGGGAGGCCAGUACGAGAAGGCCAAUGUCAACGCCACCGACAAUCACCACAGCACCUGUCUGCACUAUGCCGCCGCUGCCGGCAUGAAGAGCUGUGUGGAGCUGCUAAUCCAGAGUGAUGCAGACCUUUUUGUGGAGGAUGAGGACAAGUUGACGCCAUGUGACCAUGCCGAGCGGCACCACCACACCGAGCUGGCCCUCAGCCUGGAGUCACAGAUGGUUUUCUCCUCCUCUUCAGCUCAGCAGUCAAACACAGACGCACAUGGUGAAACCAACCUGCUGCAAUACAAGGAGCCUUAUGAGGGACUGAAGCUUCAGGACCUGCGCAGGCUGAAAGACAUGCUGAUCGUGGAGACGGCAGACAUGCUGCAGCCCCUCUUCACUGCUGAGGCCCUGCUCCGAGCACAUGACUGGGACAGAGAAAAACUUCUAGAAGCCUGGAUGUCAGACGCUGAGGGUUGCUGCCAGCGCUCAGGUGUGACCAUGCCCACCCCACCACCCAGCGGGUACAAUGCCUGGGACACCCUGCCCUCACCUCGCACCCCCAGGACCCCACGCUCUCCACUCACACUCACCCUCACCUCCCCGACCGACAGCUGCCUCACACCUGGAGAGGAGAGCCUGGCUUCGUGUGGGAUCUGUCUCUGCUCUAUCUCAGUGUUUGAGGAUCCAGUGGAUGUGUCCUGUGGACACGAGUUCUGCAGAGCAUGCUGGGAAGGGUUCCUCAAUGUUAAGAUUCAGGAGGGUGACGCACACAAUAUCUUCUGCCCGGCCUAUGAGUGCUACCAGUUGGUGCCGGUGCAUGUGAUAGAAAGUGUAGUUUCCAGGGAGAUGGACCAGCGAUAUCUACAGUUUGACAUCAAGGCAUUUGUGGAGAACAAUCCUGCCAUCCGAUGGUGUCCUGCAGCACGUUGUGAGCGGGCUGUGCGGCUCACCCGACCCGGCCCCGGGGACAGCGACCCACACAGUUUCCCCCUGCUGCCCUCCCCAGCUGUCGAUUGUGGCAAGGGUCACCUCUUCUGCUGGGAGUGCCUGGGUGAAGCCCAUGAGCCAUGUGACUGUCAGAUGUGGAGGAACUGGCUCCAGAAAGUUACAGAAAUGAAGCCUGAGGAGUUGGCAGGUGUGAGUGAGGCCUAUGAGGAUGCUGCUAACUGCCUGUGGCUGUUGACCAACUCAAAACCGUGUGCCAACUGCAAGUCACCCAUUCAGAAGAAUGAGGGCUGCAACCAUAUGCAGUGUGCCAAGUGCAAGUAUGACUUCUGUUGGAUAUGUCUGGAGGAGUGGAAGAAGCACAGCUCAUCAACAGGAGGCUACUAUCGCUGUACUCGCUAUGAGGUCAUCCAACAGCUCGAGGAGCAGUCCAAGGAGAUGACUGUGGAGGCAGAAAAGAAGCACAAAAGUUUUCAGGAGCUGGAUCGUUUCAUGCACUAUUAUACUCGCUUCAAGAACCAUGAACACAGUUAUAAGUUGGAGCAGAAAUUGCUCAAAACAGCCAAAGAGAAAAUGGAGCAGCUAAGCAGAGCCUUCAUUUGCCGUGAAGGAACUCCUCCAGACACGCGGUUCAUUGAAGACGGUGUGAGUGAGCUGCUGAAGACGCGACGGGUCCUGAAGUGCUCUUACCCAUACGGCUUCUUCCUGCAGCCAGGCAGCACCCAGAAGGAGAUAUUUGAGCUCAUGCAGACGGACCUGGAGAUGGUUGUGGAGGAUCUGGCCCAGAAGGUUAACCGACCGUACCUUAGGACUCCCUGCCACAAGAUAAUCAGUGCAGCACGUCUGGUGCAGCAGAAGAGGCAAGAAUUCCUGGCAUCAGUGGCCCGAGGCGUCGCGCCCAACGAUUCUCCUGAUCCCCCCCGCAGGAAUUACCCUGGAGGAUCAUGGGACUGGGAGUACCUUGGCUUUGCCUCCCCUGAGAUGGGGAGUCGUCACUCUGUACUGGGAGCAGGAGAUCAAAGAGAGAGACAGUCACAGGAUUAUGCUGACAUCCAGUACCGUCGUAGACACAGACCACGGCGCAGAGGAGACAUGCUGAGUCUGCACAACCUGAGAAGCAGCAGCAACACACCAGAGACCAGUAGGAGGAGUGACAACACAGAAAACCCAGAGAGAAGUGAGGGCCGCAGGAGAGUGAUGGGUUUGCUGGAUGAAGAUGAUCCAAACAUCCUGCUGGCCAUCCAGCUGUCCCUUCAGGAGUCUCGCAGAGAGCGCAGCCAGGAGGGAGGCCCAGAGGGAGGGACGGAGGGGAGAGUGGAGCUGGAUUGUGGACUGGAUAGAGGACCGGAGAGGAUGCGGCGACACUCGGAGGACCUGGGUGAUGUUGCUUUGCAGUCUCUCAACACAGACGGUCCUCCAGGAGCCAGAGGCUCCUCCUUCCCCACUUCUCUCCUGGAUCCUCCUCGCCCCCCUAACAGGACAGACUCCACCUCUCAGCCUCCCAUGUCAAUCUCCCACCCCCUCCCUCCCCCUCCUCCCUCCCUCAGUGCAGAGCUGCUGGAGCUGGGAGACAGCCUUAUGAAACUGGGAAACAUAACCACUCCUUAUGACCUAGACACACACACACAGGAGCAGCUCUGCUCUCACCACACAUACAACCACAGUACCCUCAACGCUCCCUACACCAUUGAACCUGCUUACAGCGACUGCAGCCAUAGACCGGACCAGAAUGCACUGACCACUUCAUAUGUGAUUGACCAUAUCACCAUUACAGAUCCCAGUUACUGCCACUCCAGUGGUUAUUUGGCUGAGGCUGAACACACUAUCUCUUGCUCACUUGAACGCACCCAUAACCCGCCCCAUCCUAGUACAUGUAACCGGGAACACGCAGUCACAUAUGACAGCACCCCAAAACCAGACAGCUCCUACAACCCCUGCCCCGAACACAGUAGCUCUUACACUCAGGAGCGUCCUGCCGCCUACACUCUUGAACGCCCACCCAAAUCAGACCCCCAGCCCCCUGCCCAGUUGUGCCUCCCGUCUCCAGAGCUUGAGACGGAGCUGCUGCUUUCACCGGUGAUCCCCCCGGGGGGCCCUUUCACCCCCAGUGACCCUCAGAGUCUGGAGCCCCUGGACCCGACAGCCAGUGCUCAGCUGCUGGACAACAUCAUGGCCUGGUUUAACAACAACAUCAACCCCCAGAACAACCCCCAGAGCCUGGCCCUCAUCCCCUCCCCGCCCACCACAGAAACUGACUCCUCCCCUGACACACACACUGAGACUGAGUCGGAGAGCCAGACCUCCAGGGACGUGACCCCGGCCCUUAUCUGGCAGCCCCUGGAGGGCGAGCCAGAAGCAGACAGAGGGUCGGCGAGUCCCUGUCUAGGUGCAGAGGGCCUGCAGAUGCCGAGGCCCAGCACUCUGGAGCUAGAAAGCAGAGAGAAUUGCGGGGAGGGUGUGGUCGCAGGGUGUGUGUCUGACCUGUCGCUGGACGAAGCGCGCACACACCCGUGUUCACACUCCCAACGUGGAAACAGUCCCGCACACACUGCCCCAGCCACAGAGACAGACUUGGACCUCAUCCUUCAGUUAGAGGGAGACCAAUCACCUGAGGAGUGGGAGGAACAAGUACACCUGGUGUGACAGCGACAGAACGAUGUGGAGAGAGAACGUUAAGCCAAGUACAGGAAGAGAGAUGAAAGUGAAAGAAAUCAAAGACUGGGAAAACUAGAAAGAGAAAAAAUAUAAGAUAUAACGGUCAAGCCUCAAUGAAAGAUGUAUGUCUUUGGAGUGCUUACUGUAUGUAUUAUACUGUAUCUAGAGAGGACAUAAAACCCUGGGGACUUUGUCCAGUAACGAUGAUGUCAUGCACAGGUAGAUUUUUUUUUU